AUGUCAGAUUUUGGUGAUUUCAACACACCUUCCGAAGAUCCUACUGCUGAUUUUCUCGCACGCGAGAGAGCUGCCCUCGGCGAAGAUGCUGACCUGUUUAGUACAAACGACAAUGACCUUGUCUCACCUACUCAUGACUUGACAUCUCCCAUUCCUGCUGCUACUUCUAACCCAAUGUCACCGGCUCUUCUUGACGAUUUCCCUGCUGUGGAUAAUGGUCGUGCUAGUGCUUUAUCUUUCCAAUCUCAAACUAGUAACAAACCUGAUCAAGAUCUUACGGGUGCCAACACUUUUGAGCAGGAUUAUCCCAAGGCCGAAGAGUUGGAGACGUCUCAAGCUUUCCAUAAGGCAAUGUUGCCUGAAGAAGAGCCAGAAACUGUUCGUCAAUGGCGUGAAAAGCAAAAGGAAGUGAUCGCUGAACGUGAUGCCGAAUCUGAAAAGAAGAAGGAAGAAACUAUCAAGCAAGCUCGUGAGGACAUUGAUAAAUUUUACGAAGAAUACAAUGACAAAAAGCAAAAAGCAAUUGAAGAGAACAGGGAGCGCGAGGAAAAUACUCAAAAGAAUCGUGAAGAAGUUGCAUCUUCAGGCAACAUUUGGGAUCGUGUAGCUCGUGAAGUGGAUAUCAGCAAUGCAAAGACCGGCUAUCAUACACAGGAUGUCACUAGAAUGAAGGAAUUGAUGUUGGAUCUUAAGAGAGAUGAGAAAGCACCUGGCAACAUUAUCGAAGCUUAA